CGCGUCAAACGUCGGAAGCGACGGUCUCGAAGGCACACCAGGACAAGGUGUCGGAUCGACGCGUACGUUGUUCAUAAAAACGGUGAUAAGUGGACCGACGGGGAAGCCUAACGUUGGAAAUCAUCGUUGUCUCUGAUGUGAAUGUGAUGCGACGUAGUUCAUUUCUUGCGUGAAGCGUCGAACAAGAGGUUCGGAAGGUAGCGAAGAAUCGGUAGAGGCCAACUUUAAACGAUGAUGGCUCAAUUCACUAAGAGACAAUGGCUCACGCUGAUAGUCAUCAGCCUCGCGGAUUUCGCGAACGCCAUUUGUGUUUCACUUCAGGCGCCAUUCUACCCUCAAGAGGCGGAGAGAAAGGGUGCAUCUGCCUCUGAAUAUGGCUUGGUGUUCGGAGUCUUUGAAUUGGUCGUCUUCGCUAUCAGUCCUGUCUAUGGACAAUACUUGCAUCGCAUCGGGCCAAAGUUUCUGUUCAAUGGCGGUAUCCUGACGACAGGAACUUGCGCUAUCCUCUUCGGUCUGUUGGACAAGGUGAACGGUCAUUAUCCCUUCAUAGUUCUUUCGUUCGUGAUUAGGAUCGUCGAGGCGAUGGGCAACGCUGCUUUCCUUACGGCUAGCUUCGCCAUUAUCGCCAAGGAGUUCCCGGAUAAUGUCGCUACGACCUUCGCCAGCCUCGAAACUUUCUUUGGCUUGGGCCUCAUCGUUGGGCCCACUGUGGGCGGCGCACUUUAUCAGGUUGGUGGAUACACAACUCCAUUCGUUGUCCUGGGAUCAGCAUUGUUCGUAACAGCAGUCGCAACCAUAUUUAUCUUACCGGUUCAUCCGAAUAAUAACGAAGCUACUCACAGCACUGGAGGAAUGACCAGGGCUCUAAAGAUCCCAGGUGUAUUGGUAGCCAUGUGGUCUAUAAUUGCAACCAGUAUGAGCAUAGGAUUUUUACAGGCAACGUUGGAACCGCACUUGAGGCAAUUCGCGUUGAGUCCAAUCAUUUUGGGCUUAAUGUUCGUCAUUAACGGUGGCACUUACGCCAUCACGGCCCCAGCAUGGGGCUGGCUCUGCGACAACCAUUUCCAUCCAAAAGUGGCUACCUGUGCUGGAUGCAUUCUCGUAGUCAUAGGAUUCUGUUUAGUCGGUCCGGCACCGUUCAUUCCGUAUCCAACCAUGAUUUGGAUGACCAUUUGCGGUCUCGUGGUGCACGGCUUAGGCAUGGCUGCACAACUGGUUGCCAGUUUCACGGAUGCCUUGAGAACGUCGAUAUCGCAUGGAUUCCCAAACAAUCUCGAGACGUAUGGUCUCAUCAGCGGCUUGUGGACGAGCACGUUCGCCCUUGGAGCCUUCAUCGGGCCCAGCGUAGCAGGAAUCCUUCUGGACAACAUUGGUUUCAGGAACGCUAGCAUGUUCAUCGUAAUGCUUCAUCUGCUGGUGGGCGUGGUAGCCGCGGUGUUCCUUAGCGCUUGCACAAGCGGAAGGAAACAGUACACUGAAAUCGGGCCCGCGGAGGACCUGAUGACGCCGCUGACAGACAGUGGGCAAUCGCGAAGCGGCAGUCUGCGGCAUGGAGGACGUGGCCAAGGCGUACCGAUCGACAGGCCCAGCGGCAUGAAUUCCCUGAUCGCGUGCAACAGUUAUUCAAACAGGGCCGGCGCAUGGUCCCGCGCAUCUUAUAGCGGUCGAUAUUCCCACAGUUACGGGUCCAUCGAAGCUAAAAGGUACCUGGAGAUGACCUCGUGAUGGCUGCCGUAGUUCUUCGCCAUCCAUGAAACCGGAGAAGUAAAUUUCGGCCGGGACGUGCCAACCGCUUCGUCCUCUUGGAUGAUUUAUUUUGCUCGCGAAACGAACUAUAUCAUCAUCCACUCGACGUGUCGAGUUUGUUUAAGUUUAAGUCUGAUGUCGUGUGUUUAGUAGGCCAUUUAUAUUUAUAGUUCCUUGUAAUAAUAUUCCUAGCAACUCCGUGUGCCUUAUUUUACCUAUAAACGUCAGUCUGUCCAAAGUGCAAUAUUCAUAGAAUGUCGAAUUUAACAUUAUGGUCGUUCUUAUAUCAUGGGCAAAUUGUACAUAGAAGCGCGCGUACUCUUAUUGUUAGUCGAUAUAGCCGUACGUCAUUCGCACGUUCCGUCGAUGACGUCCUCUCGAUUCUAUUAAAUAUUGUACGAUAAUUAUUGCUCCGCAUGCCUAUAAU